UUUUUUCUUUAUGUCAUGCUUGAUUGAUGUACUUAGGUACGAUGCACGGGACAAACCCGAUGUUACACACAUCUGCGAGGAAGCAACAAGGGGGCAACCCGGUCUGUCGGGACAAGCUGCGCCACUCCGAAUGCUCCGCAAUAAAAGCGUCAAUGGCCAAUGUGGCUUUACCUUCUUUAUCACACCUAGGUAGGGGCAAGCGCAAUUUCCGCGAUUUCUUCCCGUUGUUGCCGCCGCAUCUCAUCACGUCACUCACAAUUCUCCGGUCAAUCGGGAUUUAUUGCAUGCCCCGGAGCUCUGGUUCAUGAUUAUCAAUUGGAGAUAGAAUGCUGCUGGGUCCUACCAGCCGGAUUGCCUCUUUGAGGCGGUCUGCACCACAUUGGAUACGUCCCAAUGCUACCUCAACACGCGUUAGGAGGCUGACUCGGCCCCCACAACAACGGCUAUUCUCCACAACGAAGGUCACGAGAGAUCGGAUUGGCCCAGAGGGAUAUCCAGAAAUAGGUGAAGAGAAGCAGUCUCUAUUGUCCAAAAUGGGCGAGUCUGCAGCUACUACUCUUGCCUCUGUGCUGGUGCUGGGCGUUGGCUUCGCGGCUGCUGGUUACGUGUACCACAAGUCCUACAAGUAUAUGCAGUUGAACAAGAUACAGAACGCAUUCGAACCAGGAGACCCAGUAUUAGUAUUAGCAGCAGUAGGAAAGGAUAUUCCAGCACCGCCUAACGAGCAGCACUGGGUUAUGCGCGAAGAACAAGAAAAGAUCGACGCGAUCAUCAACGGAACCAACAAAGGCCACUACCACCUGCUCAUGGGAGAAAAGGGCUGUGGUAAAAGCAGUAUGUUGAUAGAAGCUAUGCGGAAAGUUGACGGGGAAGGUUGCGCCAUGUUCGAAGCACAUGCCGACCUAGAAAUCUUCCGAAUCCGACUUGGAAAGGCUCUCGAUUAUGAGUUUCAUGAGGACUAUAUUGGCGGCUAUUUUAGCGAGCGCGGUCCGAGAGAAUCUACCGCAUUGCUGGAUAUUGAACGAGCGAUGAAUAAGCUAGAAAAGGUAGCAUUGUUACACCGGGCGAAAAAGAACAAACCUCUGCUUCUCAUCAUCAACCAGACACAUCUGAUUCGAGACGACGAAGACGGGAGGGACUUGUUAGAAUUGCUCCAGCAACGAGCGGAGCAAUGGGCGGCAAGUAACCUUGUCACUAUGAUAUUCAACAGUGAUGAUUAUUGGGUAUACGAGAGGCUCUUCCAGCGGGCUACUUCGCGUAUGGAAGUUAUGUCGAUCUCGGAUUUACCGAAGGCACAGGCAAUAUCUGCGCUACAGAAAUAUCGAUUACGAUACUUUGGCGAAAGAGCUGACGUAUCCAUGCUUGAGGCGGUCUACGACCGAGUCGGCGGUAGAUUAUCGUUCCUAAACCGGGUAGCAAAAUCCGACAACAUGAUAGGGACAUGCGAGCGUAUUAAAGAGAGCGAGAAAACAUGGUUCUUGAACCAGUGUUGGAUCCUCGGUAAUCCGAUGGACGAUGAUGUGAUGGAUCAGCAAAAAUGGGCGAGCGCGGCUAUGGUUCUUGCCUUAGCCCUUGUUGAGAAGGAAGAAGAGAUGGAGCAGACCUAUGAUCCCGAGACGGGACACGUCCUGCCGUGGUACCGGAUGCACAAGGCCCAGGAAAUCAUGACCCGAGCCGACUUCAUCCGGGAUUUUGACCGGUUGAACUUUUUCACAAUAACGAGCACGGCUCAAGUCCGUGCCAGCUCGGUACCUAUGCACCGUGCGUUUAGAGAGAUAUGCGCCGAACCCGGAUUCCGCGAGUUCCUCCAGGAUACAUUGGACCGAAUUGGUGCUAUCGAAAGUUUAGGCCGUACAAGGGAAUUGGUUGCGAAGGACCUGGUACUUGGCGGCAAAUAUCAUAUAUCCAAACCCAUAAUGAGCAUGGAUGGUAGGGUGGAGGUUAAGCUUCAGCAGCCGCCAGAGAAGGAUUGAAACCCCAAGGUUCGGUCGGUUAGUUUAGAGUGGGUGUUGCAUAUUGGGGGUAGGGCAUAAUCUAGCUGCUGGGCCAGCAUUUCCUUUGUGAAUGGCGACGACUAUAGAUAAUGUACGAGCAUUGUACCAUAUUGCAUGUUAACGUUAGCAUAAUACUGCAUCCAAGCACGGAAUUUAAUUUGUUAGUUAUCCAUAAGCUCAAAUAGUGAUUAAGGCGUCGUGGUUAAAGUGAUGAGACUGUAGAAUUGGGUAGGUAGAAGAGAUUUGGUAAAGUCGCUCGUUAAAUGUCUUACCUCCCCGUAGGCACCAGCCUGCCUGUCUAGUAGGUAUGUAAGCAACAAGAUAGACGCCUAUGCACCAUCUGUCGUUACCUAAGAGAUGGAUGCUUCAACGUAUAGUAGUCUCAAGGAAGUGACAUACGGGGUUUUGCUGGUAUGGCAAUGAUCAUAUAUCGUAUACCAGACUUUCUGAAUCUCUC